GGGUUUUACCAUUGAUUAACACCUAGAUAGGGAGUUGUGCAUCCUUCUAUUCAUCCAUGGUUUUACUGCAUAAGAAUAUUUUGUGUGGUGUAUGGUGAAUAUAUUAUCAUAGUCGUGGCUGAUACUACACAAGGGACACAAGUAUUCUUCCGAGGGCACGUCUCCUUGAACCAGACAGAAACGAUCACUGUUAUUAUGGCUUAAAGUCAAGUCUUAACAAACUUUCCUCGGGGCAACAUUGUGUGUUCUAAUUAUAUUUUAGUCUGCAAGGAUUAUAGUAAAGUUACACAAUUUGUGACUUUUUGAAAAUAAAAAUUUUGGCCAGUAUUUUGUUACGUAAAUCAUGUUUUCUCCCGUGCACGAGAGGUAAAUAUGAUGCCAUGUGGUAUGGCACACUUGUUAAUUGCUUGUUAAUACAUUGGUACACCUGUUCCACGAUGGCGCUGGACCGCGCACGUCUGGACUUUGACACAAGAGCGCAAGUAUCCUUUGACCUUUUAAGUUAAUCAGCAGCCUGUCUUGGAGGACUAAUAUCGUAUCUGGCAAAGGUAAUCGCUGUGUUAAUUAUGGAUCCCUCACCCCAGCAGAUUCAAGAAUUACGCUCCAAAUUUCUUCAGAAGUUAGAGACUGAUGGUGCACCAGCUCCAGAAGGAUUUCAUGCAGCUGAUUUAGCAAAAGUUAAGAAUGGUGAUGACUGGUUGCGAAGGUUUUUAGUUCACUGUGAAUUGGAUAUGAAUUUAACCUUGCAAAUGUUGUGGGACACUUGUGAAUGGAGGAGUAAAUUUGGGACCAAUGAAAUAACUGAAAAUAAUGUGAAACGAGAAUAUUUGGAAGAUGGUAGUCUGUAUGUACACAAUAGGGAUAUUGAUGGGAGAAGUCUCUUGAUUUUUAAUUGUAAAAAACAUGUUAAGGGCCAACGAGAUAUGGAUGAUCUCAAAAGAUGUGUGGUGUAUUGGUUUGAGAGACUGGAAAGAAUGGACAAAGGAAAGCCUGUAACAAUUUUUUUUGACAUGGCAGAAACUGGUCUAGCUAACAUGGAUAUGGAUUUUACCAAAUAUUUGAUUAGCUUGUUUAAACAAUACUAUCCAGAUUUCCUCAAUUAUAUUAUUAUAUUUGAAAUGCCGUGGAUUUUAAAUGCUGCCUUCAAAAUCAUCAAAUCAUGGCUACCUGCCAAAGCUGUUCAGAAAAUAAGAUUUGUGAACAAAGGUUCCUUGAAAACUGUAGUAAACGCUGAUCAAGCAUUAAAAGUAUGGGGUGGUCAAGAUGAUUAUACUUUCAGUUUUGUGCCAGAACAGAAAAGUGCUUCAACAGAAAGAGCUGAUAAGAAGGUGCAUUUUGCAGAUGGAUCACCUUUAAAUGAAUCCUUUCCUGGUGGUUUUGGUGAUGCACAGAGCAAACAGGAUGGCCUUCCGAAUAACAAUGUAUCUCUUCAGAUUACACCACCUGAUGCCAUUAGUUUCACUAUUGAGGGUACUGAAAUGACGGGAACAAUUACAUUGACCAAUAAUGAUGACAAAAUUAUAUCAUACAAGAUAAAAACCACAUCACCUGAAAAAUUUAGAGUGCGACCUAGUACAGGUGUUCUUGCACCUUCAGAGUCUGUGUCAAUAAAUGUGGUUCUCCAGCCUGGAUAUCAGUUGGCAGGGCUAUCAAGAGAUAAGUUUCUAAUUAUGAAUCUUCCUGUUGAUUCAACAGACAUGUCCCCACAAGAACUAGCAGAGUUAUGGAAACAAACUUCUGGAAAGAAUGUAGGUCAUCACAGACUAAAAUGCAAUCUGGGAUCAGCCACACCUGAAUCAGCUCUGAAAAAUGGAACUGCAUUUUCAACAACAACUUCUAUGGAUUUGGAGCAACAGAUACGUCAAAUCGCAUCUGGAGUGUCCCAGCUGAGAGAUCAUCACGAGAAGUUGUGUGCAGAUCUGAGAUUCACUCAAAAGCUUCAGUGGCUUACUAUUGGUAUUGUCCUUUUGGGGUUCAUUCUUGCCGUUUUCUUUUCACAAAGACAUUCUUCUGGAGAAACAUGCUUUGCAGGAUUUAACCCCACAUACGUCCAAAUUUUACGAGUGAGAGAUCACGCAGAUCUGUGAAACGAGAAACCACUACUUUUGGUUUCUAGAAUGAGCACUUCAUAAAGAUAGAAGAGAUAUUAUCGAACAAUAGGUUAUGUAUAAUUUUUCACUUCUCUCGAAAUAGGGUGAAAUAAAUAAUGGAAAUAACGCAUAACAUGUCGACCGGUGUCGAGUUAAAUAUUAAAACAAUGCAUUGGCACGCCUGUAUUUAAGGACUGAUGGAGCGAUUCAUUUAGUUGGUAAUCUGUUGAAAACAGUAAGAUUGGAAUCGAAAGGGCAGAGGCAGAUAAAUAAAAAAGGCCCGUACUAUUCUAGGCGCCAUAUUGUCGUCUUGUUCUGGAACAACGCCCUCACACGCGAAAUCUGGAGUUACAGUGCAGCAAUUGGUCGUGGCGUAAAAGUGUGAAGUGCUUAGUGCGAGUAUUAAGUGGCAUUCUGAGAAGAAAACUCUCGGUUCGACGAAGAGGCAGUCUCAUCACGACUCCAUGUUGCCGACAGCGCCAACAGUGCCAAUUUGGAGCAAUUUUUGCCGUUAAUGCCCCCUGUAUCCCAAAAUCGGAUGAACAUUCUCUUUAAUCAUGAGCAAUGAUAAGGCAAAGAAAUCUGCCCACUCGGGUGUGCAGAUUAAAAUGGAAAAUCAUGAAGGCACAGAAACGAUUACUGACAUACAAAACUAUUUGGAAACCUUCAAUAAAGAGAUUGAAGGAGGAGACCAGACCGUACACGUGACAGAAGUGCAGCAAGUUGUAGCUGCUGAAGAAAAUGGUGAAGAAGGGACAUAUUUUGUAGACCAAUCUGGACGAUACUACUAUCAAGCAACAACUUCAGAUCAACCUUCAGUAAUGACUGUAGUGUCAAGUUUACCAGAUCCCAGUGGGGAAGGAACAGAGGGAUCAUCAGAAACAACAUACGUUGCCAUGCAACCUCAGGAAGGACAACAAGUGGAAGAAGCAAUGACAAUUGAAAGUUCUGAAGAGGGCGCAGCAAGUGGUCAAGAGGGUUCAGGAAUGAUCUUGAAUGCUUCUGAUGCAUAUCAGGCAGUAACAAUAGUUCCAUCAGAUACAAAUCCUGGAGAAGUUAGUUACGUAUUAAUAGUCCAGCCUACAGAUGACAAAGAUGAAAAAGGAGAAGAUCAGGACUUAACUGUUUAUGACUUUGAUGAAGGUGAAGAGGGAGGAAUUGCUAUGGAGUCUGGUGAUGAAGAUGACAAGACAAAAAUUAUCAAGAUUUUGCCCAAGAAAUCUCAGACAGUCACACAAGCUCAUAUGUGUAAUUAUUGUAAUUACACUAGUCCAAAGAGGUAUUUACUCUCGCGCCACAUGAAAUCUCAUUCUGAAGAACGCCCACAUAAAUGCAGUGUGUGUGAGAGAGGCUUCAAAACCUUGGCUUCACUUCAAAAUCAUGUUAACACACACACAGGAACAAAACCGCAUCGGUGCAAAUUUUGUGACAGUGCGUUUACGACUUCAGGUAAACUUGCUUGCAUUUCUCUUACUUUUAAUGUUUGAAUGGUUUCUGUAAAUUGAUGGACUUUAUUUUAAAUGAUUUGCAUUUAUGUGGUUGGCAUUUUUACUAAUUUUAUUUUUUGUUCACUGUGUAUUUUGUGUUCUAAUGCCAGUUUUUAGAUUUAACUGUUGUUUUGUUUUAUUUUGCAGUAGAAGUAUUCUGUUGGUGAAUGUGUGAUAAUUUGCAAGAAAUGUUUGUAAUGUUGGUUUAGUCACUUUUUGUCUGCUUGACUUUUUUGCAUAACAGUUUUAAUUUGUGUUUGGGGACUUUUUUAAUUAAAUGUACUUAAAACCCAAGCAUCACAGGGAUUUUACAGUUUGUAUUAUUUUUGAUUUAUUGUUUGCUUUAUGGUCACUUUUUUUAGGCACUUUACGUGCCAAGAUUUUGCAUAAACAUAAUUGUUAUGUUGUGGGUGAAAUGUAAAUAUUUGAUGGAAUGUUCUGUGUAUGGGCCUACAAAUAUUGUGAUAUUAUUAUUCAAUGGGUUUAAAAUUGUUUUUGUAUUUAUAGAAUCCUGGCACGGAAAUUCUGGUGCUGGGAAAUAGAACAAAUGAAUACCGUAUUUACUCGUGUAUGUUUGACUUUUUUUUUUCUUCUAUAUUGUAGGAUGAUGGUGGAUAAUACAUCAUUGGAUUUACGUUUCCAGGCGCAAAGAAAUUUCCCUGAAUUUUGCUGUUGCUGAAUACAUUAUGUCUGUUGUUCUACGCUGCUUCUCAAUAUCAUAACUUGUAUUGAAAGUCAGUUCUAUAUGAUGUGCUUAAAUGUUAAACAUCUGCACUGUUUUGUAGAAUAGUGCCCAUGGCACGACAAACUUAAAAUGGCUCACUUGUUAUGGAACUCUGUUUGUUAAUAAACAUGAAAUGUGGUUGUUUUAUGGACAUUGCAUGUAUAAAAUUAGCGUUUGUUUGUCAUUAAUGAAAUGCUAGAUAAAGAAUCGCGUGUGUUAAGUCUUACAAUAUUCAAAAUAUAAUCCAUUGCAUGUACCCAAGGGCAAAAUGUAUGCGAGUAAAUACGGAGUGUAUCAGAAUUCCUGGGCCUCAUUAAUUCUAGAUUGACAUUUUAAAAAUUUUCGUAGAAGUGUUGCAUAUGCUCAAGUGGACUUUGGAACGUAAGUGUUCAACAAUCCAGGUGUGUUUUAUUUUCUAUCAUACACACCUUAUUUGUAAUAAAGUCAGAAGCUAAAAAUAUCUUAGUGUCUUUUCAUUUGCCAAACUUCCAUUUGACUGUGCAGCAUUAUUGCAUGUGUGUUGUACCGAAUGUCUACUUGAAAUCGGAAAGAGUUAACACACGGUCAACCCUACAGUUGUGCAGGUAUUGAUAUACCUCCAGUGAGAAAUGUUGGGUUAGUAGAGUUAAAGUUUAAAAUUAUUUUUAUUGAUUUGCCUUUGUGAAAAAAAUUUUAUGCCUUUGUUGCAAAUUGUAAUUUGAAAUAAUUUCAGUAUUUUAUUAUUUAUUGAAGAUACAUUCUUUUGGUUAUGGAUGACCUUCCCAAAUGAGUGAACUUGUAAGACAUGUUCGGUACAGACAUACACACGAGAAACCACAUAAAUGUUCUGAGUGUGAUUACGCAAGCGUGGAAUUGAGUAAAUUGAAGCGUCACAUGCGAUGUCACACUGGCGAGAGACCAUAUCAGGUGAACUUGUAAGACACGUUCGGUACAAACACACUCACGAGAAACCCCACAAAUGUUCUAUUUGUGACUACGCCAGUGUGGAACUCAGCAAAAUGAGGAAUCAUAUGAGGUGCCAUACUGGUGAGAGGCCGUACCAGUGUCCACACUGCACAUAUGCCAGUCCAGAUACAUUCAAAUUGAAACGUCACUUGCGGAUACACACGGGUGAGAAGCCAUAUGAGUGUGACAUUUGCCAUGCUCGUUUUACACAGUCAAAUAGUUUGAAGGCUCACAAGUUGAUUCAUAGUGCGGGAGAUAAGCCAGUAUUUCAAUGUGAACUUUGUCCUACAACUUGUGGUCGUAAAACAGAUUUACGUAUUCAUGUGCAAAAGUUACAUACAUCGGACAAGCCUCUGAAAUGUAAACGUUGUGGAAAAUCCUUUCCUGAUAGAUACACUUAUAAAAUUCAUAACAAAUCUCAUGAAGGUGAGAAAUGUUUUAAAUGUGAUCUUUGUCCAUAUGCUUCCAUAUCUCAAAGGCAUUUGGAGUCUCACAUGCUAAUACACACGGAUCAAAAACCAUAUCAAUGUGAUCAGUGUGAUCAGUCAUUCCGACAAAAGCAACUUCUUAGAAGACAUCAGAAUUUAUACCACAAUCCUAACUAUGUACCUCCCCCUCCCCAAGAGAAAACUCAUGAAUGUCCAGAAUGUGGUCGUGCGUUUCGACAUAAGGGGAAUUUAAUAAGGCAUAUGGCAGUCCAUGAUCCAGAUUCUUCUGCCCAAGAGAAAGCAUUAGCUUUGAAACUGGGAAGACAAAAGAAAAUACAGAUCAUAGAUGGCCAACAAGUAGAGGUAAUGGCUGGGCAAGAUGAUGAUGAAGAUGAGGAAGACACAGAUGGUGAUAUGAUGGCAGUUGAAGGAAAUGAUGGGCAACAGUAUGUUGUUCUUGAAGUAAUUCAGCUACAGGAUGGUGAUGGAAGUGAACCAGCUGUAGCUGUGGUUACUGGAGAUCCAUCCCAUGCAAUUGAACAGGGUGCUGUAACUCUGAGAGCAGCUGACAGCGAUGACGAAGGCCUUUCUGAUGAUGAAGAAGUGAUUCAGACUAUCCAGAGGUCAAGGAAAAUGUCCAAGAAAGAUGCAUUAGCUAUUAGAAAACGUAUUGAAACUGAAAAGGACAUGCAGAAUUGCUUUGGUUUUGAUGAAGAAGAAGGAGAUGACGAGUCUGAAGAUCCUGGGAAGAAUACAAUUCGCCUGCUUGAAACCAUUCACUAAUGAUAACUGCUUGCUGCGGGCAAGCAUUGAGUGUAUGCAAUCUGCAAUUUUGCAGAAUAACUAAUCAACAUCAAUUCCCAGUGUUGUGUGGAUUUUAUGAAUUUACUGCAGUGUGAGGUUGAUUGUUGUGUUACAUUGGCAAAUCAGUUCAUUGUAUAUUACAAGGACUGUGACUUUCGUCUCUCAAGAUUGGUUAUAGUAGUGCUACUAAGCAGCAUUAACUAUACCGAACAAACUUACUCUAAUUUCAUCUGAAGGAAGGCACUGUAUAUACUUUACAGUUUUUUAAACUAAGAAGACUGCUCUUCUGCAGAUAUGUUGACAUGAUUCCAAACAAAGAUUGUUUCUUGUAAGCAACACGUACAAAAUGUGGAUUCAUCUGAAGAACAAUUUUCAGCACGCAAAAACUUAUGACUUUGUUGUAUGAGUGAAUGUUGAAGAAAUAUUGAAUGUAUUUUUAGUCCUGACAAUGUACAAUUGACAUUCAUAAUUGGUUAUAGCUUUGACUUAAUGAUUCAGAAAAUGUUCAUAAAUUCCUUCCCACUUUUUUAAGUGAAUCCUGUUGUUCAGGAGUAGUCUUUAAAUAUGUAGGAAGUCUAGGUAAAAUGAAUUCUCUUCUGCCAUUAUUUAUUAUUUUAUACUUGUUUUAAAAAAAAUGUCAUGUGUUGAUGCAAAUGUUUCAUUUUCUUCUUUGUGUGGAGGCUGCAUGAAUACAAGUACAAUAUUGUGUAAUUUCAUUGUAGAGAAUGUUCCAAUUUAAGUUGUUCAUACCAGUAUUUGUUAUCAUUGGUAUUAAAUUUUUGUCACAAAUACAGUACAUAUGCAAGAUGUGAUAGUACUUAUGAUUAAAAUUGUACAUAUUUUUUAGUCUAAUUUUCUAGGAAGUACAUUCAGGUAGUAAUGAAGGAACUAUCAGUAAGUAACAAGGUUUUUUUUCCUUCAUGUUGUCUUGUGACAGAUUUUGAUUGUUUCAUUAUGAUCUUGUCAAAGACCACAGUUUUGUUGCCAAAGAUAUUUGUUUUUCUUUUUUUGAACUUGUGCUGUAAAGUAUUGUAACAAAAGCUGGAAAGUAUGUAUACAUGUUCAUUGAUUGCCUCUUUUACAUUCUUCCUAUACCUCCUACCAUGUAUUACUGAUGGUUCAAACAUAUUCUGCCAACUUUGUCUUCAGCAGAGGGAAUUCUUUGUGUAUAAAUUCAUUGUAGUUAUUUUUAAUCAAUCUGGAACAUCGUUAUGUUGUAUUUGAUACCCCAAUGAGAGUAAGUUUGCAAUAAAUGGCAUUUCCAUGUAAACCAAUUGCUUAUGUUUAUGAAGACGUGGAAUGCUAGGUGUUAGUGGCAUUCCUGUGUAACGGUGUAUUCACUGAUCAACAUUCUGUGUGUGGUGUCCUUUUUUUGGGGCUUUGCCAGGAGGUAGUGAGCAGGUGGCUGGGUCAAGCAGGAGUAGGAAGUAUUCAUUGUCAGUUGCCUGUUAGGUGCUGAACACACCUGAAUGCUCAUUUCUGGCUUGUGAAGUGUCAUUGUAAUUUGUUAUUUUAUAAUUUUCAUCAAUUAUGUUAUAGCAGUGUGUGAACUAAUUUUCUGUGGAUUCAAUGAAGUGCCGAUUUUGUACUAGAAGAUUCACUCCUUAUUUCAAAGUGUGGGAAUGGAGACCUGGUUUCUACAGCUCAACAUAUCAGGUAGUGAUCACUGUCAGAGUAAAAUAUAAAAUGCUUAUUGUCCUAUGCAUCCACAUUUCUCUUUGAAAGGUAAAUUUUAGUUUAUAUUGCUUUUAUACUGAAUUAGAAUUGGAUAUUUAUGUACAUUCGCAAUUAAUGUUUGGUUCUUCAGCAAAAAAAGACAACAACCUUCAAUUAUGAACUUAUUGAUCAGGUAAUUUAAAGGGUAAAGGUAGGUAAUUAAUUUAAUUAAUUUGAAGCAAAGGAAGUUAUAAUUUUUAUAUUAAUUAUAGUAAACAUUUCAUUGUUCUGAAGUUGCUGUACAAAGUCUGAUAAUUAUUGGAAAGAAGUCUCAGAAUUAAAAUGUUUUGGUUUGAAUGAAUUAUUCAAAUUUGCGAAGAUGACUGGAGAUAGUAUAUAUGGAAGAAAAGUGUCCAGGGAAUAGGAAAUCCAGAAAAAGAAAGUCAAUAGUCUGAAGAUUAUGAGGUACUUUCAAUAAUAUAACAGUGCUGU